AUGUCGGUGCCGCUGCUCAAGAUCGGGGCCGUGCUGAGCACCAUGGCCAUGGUCACCAACUGGAUGUCGCAGACGCUGCCCUCGCUCGUGGGGCUCAACGGCACCAAACUAGGUAGGAGUGGUAGAGGAGGGAGCAGAGAGAGAGGGAGAAGCAGGCUCCCUACCAACCCAGAGGAAGGCUGGCAGCUGUACACCUCGGCCCAGGCCCCUGACGGGAAAUGCAUCUGCACGGCCGUGAUCCCCGCACAGAGCACCUGCUCCCGCGAUGGUCGGAGCCGGGAGCUGCGGCAGCUGAUGGAGAAGGUCCAGAACGUCUCCCAGUCCAUGGAGGUCCUUGAGUUGCGGACGUACCGCGACCUCCAGUACGUGCGCAGCAUGGAGACCCUCAUGAGAAGCCUGGACGCACGACUCCGGGCAGCCGACGGGUCCCUCUCAACCAAGAGCUUCCAGGAGCUGAAGGACAGGAUGUCGGAGCUGUUGCCCUUGAGCUCAGUCCUGGAGCAGUACAAGGCGGACACACGCACCAUCGUGCGCCUGCGGGAGGAGGUGAGGAACCUCUCCAGCAGCCUUGCGGCCAUCCAGGAGGAGAUGGGUGCCUACGGCUACGAGGACCUGCAGCAGCGGGUGAUGGCCCUGGAGGCCCGGCUCCAUGCCUGCGCCCAGAAGCUGGGUUGUGGGAAGCUGACUGGGGUCAGUAACCCCAUCACCAUUCGGGCCAUGGGGUCCCGCUUCGGCUCCUGGAUGACCGACACAAUGGCCCCCAGUGCGGAUAGCCGGGUCUGGUACAUGGAUGGCUAUUACAAGGGCCGGCGGGUCCUGGAGUUCCGCACCCUGGGAGACUUCAUCAAAGGCCAGAACUUUAUCCAGCACCUGCUGCCACAGCCGUGGGCGGGCACCGGCCACGUGGUGUACAACGGCUCCCUCUUCUACAACAAGUACCAGAGCAAUGUGGUGGUGAAGUACCAUUUUCGCUCGCGCUCCGUGCUGGUGCAGCGGAGCCUCCCGGGGGCCGGCUACAACAACACCUUCCCCUACUCCUGGGGCGGCUUCUCGGAUAUGGACUUCAUGGUGGACGAGAGCGGGCUCUGGGCCGUGUACACCACCAACCAGAACGCGGGCAACAUCGUGGUCAGCCGGCUGGACCCGCACACCCUCGAGGUCGUGCGCUCCUGGGACACCGGCUACCCGAAGCGCAGCGCCGGGGAGGCCUUCAUGAUCUGCGGCGUGCUCUACGUGACCAACUCCCACCUGGCCGGGGCCAAGGUCUACUUCGCCUAUUUCACCAACACGUCCAGUUACGAGUACACGGACGUGCCCUUCCACAACCAGUACUCCCACAUCUCCAUGCUGGAUUACAACCCCCGGGAGCGGGCCCUCUACACCUGGAACAACGGCCACCAGGUGCUCUACAAUGUCACCCUCUUCCACGUCAUCAGCACCGCGGGGGACCCCUAGCGGCUGCGGGAGCUCUGGCUGCCCGCGCUUGGGGCGCUGGGGGUCCCUCUAGCUUUCUGUCUCUGUCGGGCCCUCUCUCUCCCCUCUCCCGUCCAUUUUAUUCCCUC